AGAGAGAGAGAGAUAGAGAGAUAUGGGAAGAGGGAGAAGUUCGUCGUCUUCGUCGAUAGAGAGUAGCAGCAAAAGCAACCCAUUCGGUGGUUCGUCAAGUACUCGGAACCUAAGCACGGAUCUGAGGCUCGGACUCAGCUUCGGUACCGGUACAUCCUCAGGGACGCAAUAUUUCAACGGUGGCUAUGGGUAUUCCGUUGCAGCUCCGGCGGCAGAGGAGGCGGUAUAUGCGGCGGCUGUUGAGGAGGAAGAAGAGAACGAGUGUAACAGUGUAGGGAGCUUCUACGUAAAGGUGAACAUGGAGGGAGUUCCCAUUGGAAGAAAGAUCGAUCUCAUCUCUCUUAAUGGCUACCACGACUUGAUCAGAACCCUAGAUUUCAUGUUCAACGCCUCCAUUCUCUGGGCAGAAGCUGAAGAGGUGUGCAACGAGAAGAGUCAUGUUCUAACGUACGCGGAUAAGGAAGGUGACUGGAUGAUGGUUGGGGAUGUUCCUUGGGAGAUGUUCUUGUCGACUGUGAGAAGACUGAAGAUUUCGAGAGCUUACCACUACUGAUACACUAAAAGUCUGCGUGCGUACGUACUUGUGUUUAAAUCCAAGUAAUUUGCCAAGAAACAAGUUUUUGUCUGUUG